AUGAAGCUGCAGACUACCCUUCUGCUGGUCUGUCUAUUCAGGGCAAGCUUCGCUCUUCCAUUGCAGUUUGGAAUUAUUGGAAGCAACAGCAAUGAGAUUUUACGACUGAAUGGACUAACUUUUGCAACUCUUGGACAACCACAGGCGUCGUCAAUAUUACCCCAGUAUGUGCUGCAGCAGCAACAGCAGCCGGAGGUGCUGCUCACUCCACAGCUUGUGAACUUUAACCCUCAAGUGACCAAUCCCUUCGGGCCCCAGCUGUUUUAUCCCGCCCAGGGUAACCAUCUUAUGCCUAUGUUCGUAUCAAACGGCCAGCAAGAGCAGUUUGGACCACCACAGGAUCCCAACUCUCCUAAUGUUCCUCAGCAGGCCCAAAACCCUUUUCAGGUGUUUCCACAUUUCCAGUACCCAUCUUAUGGAUUCCCUCAGCUUCCCAGACAACAGGGCUUUCCGUACUUUAUGCCUCCUUACGCCUAUCCCCAGCAGAGGAACAAUGUGGUGUUGCAGCCCAACAACGGUCAGCAGAAGCUGGAGCGAACCACACAGAGACCACAGCUCCCUCUGCAGACAUGGCCACUGGGGACACAGAAAGAGUCGACUGCAGUUCCUCCUGAUCCUCGUGGCGACACAUCUGGCCCAGGUGUUGAUGAGGGUCAGUCCAACUUCCCAUUCCUCUUUGAGCCCUAG